ACACAGGAAAUAACGUCACAACCGGAAAUGAUCGCAGAGGGCGGGACGUUUUUAAAAAUUGUCAACUGGUAUUUGUCUGUUGAGAAUUCAGCUUGCAUACUUAGUGUCCUUAAAGGUGCCUUUUGUUAUUGCUGACAUUAUACUUUUUAGGAACAGUCAUGUCUUCAAAAAUUCCAAGAGGUGUACACCCACCUGCAGAAACAAAGAAAAACGGUCAUAAACAAGAAUCCAAAGACACAGCAACUGCACCCGCAACAACCACUGCUGCCCAGAGACCAGAUGGUGUCCUUAAGCCACAUAAAGAAAAUGCCCCAAGGAAAAAUGUUGCUCCUAAAGUUCAGAAGGGAGUCUCCACUAGAUAUGGACAACAAGCAGAGCUCAAAGAGCAAAAUCAGUGUUUGAUUGCUGCCAAUGAGGAGCUGGCGAAAAACCUCUCAGACACACAGCAAAGAGUAGCUAAGCUGGAGCUGCAGUACUGUGACCUUCAAAAAGAGAAUGCAGAGGUUCAGAAAAACCUGAAGGACUGCCAUGCUCUUCUGGUUACUGCCAAAAUAGACCCAGUGUUAGGCGAAAGAGUUGGAGACGCUGCACGGCAGAAUGAAAGUCAGAGGAAAGAAGUCAUGAGCACCUCCGCAGACCUGCUGAAUGAAAUAAAGGCCUUUGGUGAUACUGCAUCACAGCAACGUGCUCGACUAGAGGAAAUCCAGGAAACGAUGAGAGGCCUCAAGGAGGCACGAGAACAAAUGGUUCAAGAAAGGGAGAACUUUUCCUCUGAAGCAGCUGAACUGGAAAGAGCUCUCAAAGAAGCAGAAGCUCUUCUACUCUGAAUGUUUUCAGUGAUUUCUUAAUUUAAAUUGUCCAUUUAAAGAGUAAUCUUUGUGUAUAUAUAUUUGCAGAUAUGUAUUUUGAUUGCAGUGUGAGUGAAACUGAAUAAAGAACUCCUAUUUCCACAA